AUGAUGUGUCGGCCCACCCCUCAGCUGGGGGGGCCCUGGAGGUUUUUGGGCCCACCUCCCCUUGCUGCCCUCCCCCAGGAGGAGGCCCGCGCCUCUGCCCCCAGCAGCCGCCCGGCCCGGCAGGGAAUGGAGCCCGGCAGGUCGGUGCCGGUGGAGCUGAAGCUCCGCAAGCCCUCGCAGCGGGCCAGGAUCCCGGCGCCCUUCCUCGCCCACCCGGUAGGUCGCUGGCUCGGCCCGCGGCCCCCGGCUCAUCCCGUCGGCGGCCGUACCCUUCGAGCCCCCGUGACUCUGUCCGCACAGGACGGGGCGCUUGGGCCGGCGGGCCCCCCCAGGCCGGACCCCGCGGAGGUAGACGCGGAAUCCCUGGUGCCCACGCACGAUGAGCGGGGCCGUCUCAUCCCCGAGUGGAAGCGGCAAGUGAUGGUGCGGCGGCUGCGGGCCCGACUGGCGGACGAGGACUCGGCGGGAGGACAGGUACGAGAGGCACGGGGAGCAGAGGGGGCGCGGGAUGCGGGCUCCUGGAGCUUCUCGCCCUCCCACCAAGCCGUGCUGGGCCCGUUCGGGGAGCUGCUGACCGAGACAGACCUGCAUCAGCUGGAGAGGGCGGUGGAGAGCCUGCGGCUGCGGCGUCGCGGCGAGGUGUACCAGAGCGAGCUGCGGCGCCUGGUGCGGGAGCUACGCGCCCUCCUGCCCGCGCCGCUGCUCAGCAUCUCCGUCCGCAGCCCCCCGCCUGCUCCGGGGCAGCCCCUGCCCCUCUGGUGCGGCCGCUUGGCCGGCGCCGUCAAUAGCCUGGCCGCGCUGCUGGGCAGCGCCGAGGGGGUGCGGGGUCCCUGCGCCGCCGUCGCCGCGCCCGCCGCCACCUCCGCUCUCCCCGCCGCCGCCGGGCAUCCCCGGGAGCCAGGGGGCAGCCUGGCGCAGCGGGAGAUCCGCCAGUGCGGCGUUUGUGUCCGCAGCCUCCGCGGCGCCUUCGAGCCCGCCUGGGGGGCCGCGGGGAGCGCUCCGGCCGCGGGCGGCGAGGCGGAGGCCGCCAGCGACUCGGGCAUCAGCUGCGAGGAGGCGUUUUCCGACGGCGGCUCCCCGCGGCACGGGAAGGGGCCGGGGCCCGAGUGGGGCAGCUUGAGGAAGGAACGGAUCGUGAUGCUCUUCCUGAGCCACUGGAGACGCUCCGCGUACGCGCCCUUACGGCCCGCCGCCGGGGACCCGCGGGAGGCAGCGGGGAGCGGGGCCCGGGCGGCGGCGCGCCUGGCGCGGCAGAGAGCGGCCAUCCAGAAGCUGCUGAGCGGCUGGCGGGACGCCGCCUCCCGCCGGCCCCCGCCGCCGCCCCCCGCCCGCACCCUGCUCUCUCCGGAGCAGUUCGUGUCGGCGGCGGGGGGCGGCCCGGCCGAGUACGAGAGCCUGUCGCUGGAGCUGUUCAUGCUGGGCUAUUUCCGCAUCUUGGAGCAGGACCUGCCCCCCGAGGAGCGCCGUGGCCGCCACCUGCUCUGUUUCGAGGUGUUUGAGCAGCUGGGCCGGCACGGCUGGCGGGCGGUGCGGGCCUUCCACCGCGCCGUCAUCGACGAGAUCGCGGCCGGGCGGCGCGGCUGGCGCGACGGCUUCGACGACAUCAAGGCACGGUACUUCGGGACUUCGCACAGCCCGGCCCAGCGGCCGGGGCAGGCCGGGGAGGAGGGCGACGAGAUUUGUCGCUACAUCGAUCGCAGCUUCGCCUUUUGGAAGGAGAAGGAAGCCGAGAUCUUCAGCCUGGAGGAGUGAUGCCGAGGGGCCUCGGAGGCCGCGUGCUGCAAUAAAAACCUUCUCGGUUCUGUCCCAGCUAA